AAAAGAAAAAAUAAAAUAAAAAAUACAGCAGAAUAUGUAUGGGUAUGUAUAUAUGUAAGAUGUGUGGUAAAAAUCAAAUCAUGAUUCAGCAGUGAGUAUAAUUUCGCAACAAAGGAAAAACAGCUUAUCGUUAGGAACCGAUUAUGGUUACGCGUACGAGUAUAGCCAGGAUUUAGGAAAAAGACGCGUUUCUAGGAAUCAUGAAUGAAAUGUAACGCUGUCUUUUUCCACUAAAUCGCGCGAAUAUGCUGAUUCAUGGAUCUUCAUUAAUUAAUUUUUCUCAUUAAUUAUCAAGAAAGAAUAGUGGAUUUUUCUAUUCAGUUCAACCCGCUCUACUUGCCCACGAGAAAUAUAUCUGUGUAUAUAAAUAUUAUAUAUAUUCAAGAGAUAUUUUAUCGUCUGAAUUAGCACUAUAGUCACGAAUACGAGUUUUUUUUUAUGUCACGACAAUAUUGCAAUUUUAUGAGACCAUAUUCCGUUAUCUUUUUACUCCUACAUGGUAUUCCUUUAACAAUUAUGUUGUUGUGGCGCGACGCUUGAAUAAAAUUUGCGUUUUGCGUCGACGUGAGAUAAGAAGUUUUUGCCAGAUGUGAGAAACAUGACUGCAAUAUAAAAGCCAAUGAGUAUACGCGACUUACUAGUGUACGUGCCUGUACGCUAGUAAGAUGUUGCGAAGCUUUAUUUCCUGCUUCCUGCUUGCCGCAUCCUUCCUGGUGCGACCGGUUUCCCCUCUUGACCCUUGGAACGCGAGGGGUAUGGCAACUGACAUAAAGCAGCAUCCUUAUCAAUUGAGCCUCCAGCAAGGUUCACGGCACGCUUGCGGUGCCGUCGUCAUCAGUAAUAAAUGGGUUGUCACGGCAGCUCAUUGCGUUAGUUCAUCGGCAAACGUUUACAGACUUCAUGCAGGAAGUAACGACAAAUACGGGGGCGUCUACUAUCAAGUUAAAAGGAUCGUUCGACACCCCGCCUACAAUUUCGUAACGAUCGAUUACGAUAUCGCCCUUCUCGAGAUCGACGGCGAAAUCACAUUUAACGACAAGGUGCAGCCAGUGAAGCUGCCGGAAAAGGAACUCGCGAGUGGUGUUCUGGUGAACGUUACCGGAUGGGGCGCGGCGAAGGCAGGUGGAGAUCCGUCAUCGGUGUUAAUGCAAGUAUCGCUUCCGAUCGUGAGCAGAAAGACGUGUCGAGAUAUAUACAGAUACAUCCGCAGCAUCACCGAUCGAAUGAUCUGCGCGGGUCACUUGCAAGGCGGUCAGGAUGCGUGUAAUGGCGAUUCGGGAGGGCCCCUUACGGCGGAUGGCGUCCUUUACGGAAUUGUAUCCUGGGGAUACCGAUGUGGUCUGCCAUUUUAUCCCGGUGUCUACACUAAUGUUGCUGACCUUCUCUGGUGGAUAAGGUGGAUCAGCCGUAUGUAUUGACAAUUGCACGUCUCUUGUUGUGCAUCUCAAUUUUCGAGCGAUAAAAUAGACUAAAGGAUCUGGAUAGUAGUUACGUGAAAUAGACACAAGAUCAUAAAGGACAGGAGUUUUAUAAUGCGUGCGAUAUUGUUCAUAAAAAUUAAUGAAAUCGAAAUCACGAGUUUCCACGAGUUCAGUAUCGAAUCAGAUAAUUGUAAAACAAGAAAAUAAACAAUAUACAAAAUCA